GUUCAAUAAAAGGAUUGACUUUCCAAGUAAUCUCAUUCAUCAGGAUGGAUAACCACAUUAGCCCACACUUUGAGAUCACGUGCCUGGUCAACAUGGAUCUCACCGUCAUCCUGGUGAGCGUGGCUGUCGUCUGCAUGGUCGUGCAUCUUGUUCAGAAUCUGGUCACCAGUCGGCGCUUUCCCGGUGGCCCAUGGGGCUACCCAAUUGUCGGAUACCUUCCAUGGCUAGGGCCGCAUCCUCAGAUAACAUUUACAAAUUUACGUGAAAAGUAUGGUGACAUUUACUCCGUAAAGUUGGGGCAAUGGACUGCAGUUGUUGUGAACGGUUUGGACAAUCUCCGCCAUGUUUUGGGGGAGAAUACAGAGAGUACGAGUAGCCGUCCUCCAUUUUAUUCGUUCCAGUUCAAUAUGAAAGAUCGCGGUCCUGGCUUGGGUUUCUGCCAGUACAAUUCGCGUUAUUUGACGAUGCGGAAGAGUACCAUGGACUGCGUGAGGAGGGUGUUGCGAAAGGAGGCAGGGGAUGUUCACCAGACGGCUUUACAAGAUGCGAAGGCACUGGCGGCAUGUUUGCUAGGUCUGAACGGCGUGCCGUCCGACAUCUAUUCCCCUGUCUCCCUCCACGUGGGGAGUUUUAUCUACGAGACGGGCUACGGAAUGCAGGGCACGAUUUAUGAGGACGAAGAUUUCAUGCAAUAUCGUAAAUAUUUCAGGGAUUUUUUAGAGUUCCAAGGCCACGAUAACAUCGUGAAUCUCUUGCCCUGGACACGGUUCUUUAUGAGAAAGAAAAUGGCUCGUUUCCAUCACACCAUGUCGCUGUGGCAUAGGGUCGACGCCAGGGCCAAGAAAAAACAUUUAGAUACAUUUGACGAGAGUCAUCUCCGCGACGCCCUCGAUUUGAUGAUUUCCAAAACGAGGUCGAUGACGUCUGAGGUCAAGGCCGCCGUUGGGGUAACGGAUGACGACAUUUUGAAUUGCAUUGAGGAAUUGGUAGGCGCAGGGAGUGAUACUCUCCCGACCUACAUGCGAUGGGGCUUCCUAUUCCUCGCUCUUAACCCCGAUGCCCAGGAAUCUCUUUAUCAGGAAAUUGUUGACCACUUCGGCACCGAUGGUGUUCCGCAGCAUGACCAGCUACCAAAAAUGCCGUACACGGAAGCAACUCUGACAGAAAUUAACCGGCUGGCGUCCAUUAUACCGCUUUGCCUGCCUCAUUACACAACCAAAUCCGUAAAAAUACAACAGUACGUCAUUCCGGAAAAUACGAUGGUCAUUCCGAAUCUCCACAGCGCAAAUAUGGACGAAUCAUUCUGGGAUGAGCCAAAGAAAUUCCGACCAGAGCGCUUCCUUGAUUCUCACAAUGGCUUAAAGCGUAACCUUGUGGGGAAGGUAAUUUCCUUCGGGAUAGGUAAGCGCAGUUGUCCGCUUGAGGCGUUAGCGCGUUAUGUGACCUUUGUAUUCUUGGUGGUUUUGAUUCAGCGGUGUAGGUUUGAGACAGUUCCUGGUGAACAUUACGACAUGAGAGGAUCUUACGGCUUGUCAGUCUGGCCAACGCCGCAUAGACUUAUCAUAACCCCGAGGGGUUCGUGUUCACGACAAUCCCAGCCUCUAUAAUGAGACUCAUGAGGUCCAUCAGAGAAAGCGUUGCUAUGAGGCCACCAGACAUGGCACGGAGCCCAUCUGGAACAUAACAGUGCACAAGAGGCCACCAAGGGCAUUUUAGCAGCAGAGCUAAUCAGGGACAUAAUGGUGCUUGUGUGACCAUCAUGGGCUUGUUUCAACUGAGUCCAUAAGAGACACCGCCGCGGUACAAGGCCUUUGAGGCAGAUCAACGGGCCUUCUCGGGAACCUUCAACGGAAUGGUGAUUACAAUAGCAGUAUGAGAAUGCACACAGUUCAAAUUCAGGCUAGUGUAACGAUUUUGGUUGUUCUCCAAAUUGUUGGCAGUGUUUCCACACAAAAGACGGCUUGAGAGGGGAGAGAAAUGUGUCACCCC